AUGAGAAUGGCCACUUUGCUAGCAGCGCUGGCGCUGCGCUGCGUUGUCAGCAGCAAUCGGUUUGCCGCCUACGACGAGCUGACGGCUCCAAUGCUCGCCCGGACGAUGCCCAAGCGCUGCAGUCGCUUUCUGGACUGCGGCGACGGCGGCGAUGGAAAUCAGCUGGAUGCAGUCGAUGCGGAUGCUGAUGAGGGCACAUCCAAAAUGCUGAAUGCGCUCUUUGGGCGGCCAGCGAGCACGCCCGCACCUGUGCGGCCGACGGAGGCAGCUCUGGCGCCUUACCAGCUGCCGCCGAUGCACUACAACGACUUCUACGAGGAUCUGCUGACCAGCAAGCGCAAUGGUGCACACGCCGCCGGCUGUGAUUGCAAAGUUAUGAACGAUCUGAUAGAUCUGGGCAGCACAUAUUUUCCACGCUAUCUGAUGAGCGCCAUCUGUGAAUCGCGUCCAGCGUUGGAUGCCAAGUGCACGCAAGGCUCCAACUGCAAGCCGCUGGAGUAUAAGGUUAAGGUGUUAACCCUGGAACCGAAGCCAUCCGGCAAUACGGCUGCAACAUCGGCGCGUCUCUGGCUGCCCGAGGAGCUGACCCAGCUCUGGCAGUGGCAAUUCGAGACGGUCACCGUCACAGCCGGCUGCUUCUGCACCAACUAG